AUGGCCCUCGAUCUUCGAAAGUCCAUCACCAAUGCUCGACUCGCCGACGCAACUUCUCUUGAACCUUCCGACCGAGCAUUUUCCCUCUCUCGCCUCCUCUCGCCACGAAGCGGCAUUCCCCGCUCCUCCUCAUUUUCGCGCGGAAACGACAAGAACGACGUCAAAUCGAAUGUCUCUGCAUUAUCAGCCUCCGUCUUAUCCGCAAAUGCGCAGUCUGCGACCGAACCUGCCGGGCUGCAUUCUGAAGCAGCGCGCACAGGCUCGGGUGAAGCCGCUGGCGAUGGCUGGGUAGCUCCUCAGGCUACAGCUUCGGCAAGGGUAGCGUUGGAGGUUGAAGGUUCGGAACAGCCGAAGCUUUUGUUGGAAGCGCGUUCGGCCCGCAUUGCACACGUCAGCCGGGGAUUGUUGCGAGCCUUGGGUUACACCAACUCUGAUGAUUUUGGCGGGAAAAGCCUGUACGAUCUGGCGGAUGGACUCUAUGAAGCUGAUUGGUCGAGAGCCGUAGAGGCGGUGACGAAGAACAAUCGCGCUUCGGUGCAAAUUCACUUCAAGCUGCUGAAAAGCGACAGAGCUGGCGAUCUUGUCGGCACGCGCGUCGCUCUCUCGUUGAACGUCGCAGGCGACGAAGAGGGCGUCGCAGGCGAUGGACCGUUGCCUGCAUUCCUUUUCGGAGACUUGUCGCCAGCUCCGCCGCAGUCAUCGGCGCCAGCGGCGGGAGCAGCCAGCGGUUUCCGGGUGCGACGCGUGGAGGUGAUUAUUAAGGAACGGUCCCAGGACCCGCUACAGACAAUGACGGGUAAAGGAACUGCCGAGCGGUUAGCGUUUCAUGACAACCCUGGAAAAUACCGAGAUCUUGGAGGCUCAGAUUGCGACAGCCUUGGCGACAGGAAUGGGGACUCGAGUCGCAUAGAUGGCGAGUCCUGCGACAACUCUCUCGAGAGUUCUUCCACGUCAGCGGAGCCCCAUUCCACGUCACCGCAGGAGCAGAUUACAUCACCAGGGUCGGACUGGCAGGCGGGAAGCGAGACGAACAGCGAUUGGUCGAGGGAGAGCGAGUCGCAGCAGCAGGGCUUAAAAACCGGCAUUGGAGGAGCAGCAACGAGGGGGAGCCACGCGCAGCGGAGCGCAAUGGUUUCCGCGUUUGGCGCGCCCUCCGGGUCGACCACUCCCCCUCGCGCCCUCUCCCGCCCCCCUCGCCCCUCCCGCGGAAACAGCUACGGGGGAAGCGGCUCGCGUACCGGAGGCUAUCACUCCGCGCGCAAGCCGCCCGUGCCACGUGUCAGCAGCACAGGUUCAAUGAAGUCGGUACAGUUUCAUGAAUCGCUGAACCUAUCGCUGUCACCUCUCAACGUCGACGACUCGGACCCACCAAGCGAGACCAGCCCCGCCUCUCCCGCUACCAUCUCCAUUCCUUCUCAACCCCUUGCCCGCCCGCCCUCGCGCAUUCCCUCCCUCAUUGCUCGCUCCGCCUCCUCCGACGAUGCCCGCCAGCUCCGCAAGCAGCGCUCAGAACCCCGAAGCGACCUUAACAGCAUCCCAGCACCGCUCUGCACCGCUCCCGACCCCUGCGGUUUAACCGCUGGCUCACAGCCUGGGGGGGGUGAGCCAUCCACGCCUGGACGGCGGCUGUUGAGUGCGCUGAGCCACAGGGGAGUGGUUGGUGCUGCCAAGAAGGCCCUUGAGGCGGUCAGCUCCCCUCGCCGCUCCCACACCUCUCUCUUCGCCUCGGCAUCUGCAGAAUGUGCCCCGGCUCGGGAAGAUGCUGCUGAUGGUGCUGGUCCUGGUGGCAGUGGGAGGGGAGGAGGAGGGGGAGUAGAGCCCCUGAUUGGCUCGCCGCGGUUCUUCUCCUAUUCCUCACGCCCGUCAGCUCUCCGCCCCUCUGCCUCCCAUGAUAGCUACACGUCGUCUCCCUCCUCCCGUCUCUCCUCAUCGCCGUCUCGGCGCAUCGUGCCACGUUCCUCCUCUCUGGAGGUCCCAAGGUCGGCUGGAGUGCCGAGGAGUGUGUCAGAAGAGAGUGGUUUUGGCACCAAUGGCAGUAGCAGGGAAAGCUGUGCCCCCUCACGCCGCCGCAGCCUGCUUGCCCCAUCCUUUUCCAAGGAGGAUGGGGGCAGUUACAGCAGCUUUAGGGGUGGUGGCGGAGGAGGGGAUAUGAGUGGAUGUGUGCAGGGGGGAAAGCAGCAGCUGUCUGGGUUGCAGGCUCCGGGUGUAACGGGUAGUGUGGGUGGAUGUGCAGUGGAGUGUAGAGUUGGGAUGGAGGGCAGAAGGGACGAUGCUGGCUCAGCCCUGACACCCAAGGGCCGGUGGGGAGCUUGGGCUGAAGACGAAAAGUCUGGAGAUAUGGAUUGGUUUUGGUAG